AUGCUGUCGCGUCCACUGGGAGUGUUCGGUGCCCUCAGCGCGUUUGGUGCUUUGGUACCGCUUCCAGCAAGAGCCGGGAAAACUGCAUGGAUCAACAGCGGGACGCCGGAAGGAGUUCCAGAAGAGUAUGACUGCGCCAUCCGCGAACUCGUCUGGCAGCAGGGCCAGAAACUUCUGCCAGCACGGGGGUCCUUCCGCAGCCUUUUCGAGGCGAUGCAGUUACAGAACUGCAAUCGAACCACGCCAAGCGAGGAAGAUCGCUGGCAGCCUCCAAGGUAUCCAGCGCCUUCGGAUGCCAUCUUCGUAGACGGCAGGGGACAGGACCACCACCCCGGGACUUUGCAACUACCAGUGAGGUCACUCCACGCCGCCCUGGAGAUUGCUGCUGGUUUGUCUUCGAAGCCGGUGAUCGUGCUCCGAGAGGGCACUUACUACGUGAAUGCCACCUUACAGAUCUCCAAGGAGAAGUUCAUCCAGGGUCUGCAGAUCCAGAACUACCCGGGCGAACAUGCAGUGCUGAGUGGGGGACGCCCCCUGAACAUCCCUAAAGCUGCCUGGAGCAAUGUUAGGAAAGAGACAGGCUGGAGGCGUUACACUGGUUGGAACAACAUUUUUGGGUUGGUGCCCAAGCCAAAACAGAGCACUGACUGUUGCCUCUUCCUCGGCACUUUCCAGUCCUUGCAAGACUGUGAAAACGCCGCCGCCGAUCAUUCAAGUUAUGUAUGGCAUGAAUCCGCCGACCCUGCUUGGCUUCACACAUGUUAUGGUAUGAAAGAACCAUUUGGAUUCCAUCCAGUCUCGCAGACCGGGACUAUCACAGGGCGUCGCAUGAUGACGAACCUUUGGCGAGCGGACCUUUCUGCGUUAGACUUGGAUAUCGGCCCGGAGGGGUUUCCCGGGCUUCGCUUGAACGGAGAGCGCGCAAUCCGCGCUAAGUAUCCGGACGGUGCUCCGGAGCAUACCGGGCAAUGGCUGUAUGGUGCUGGCCAGUCAAUGGGCGGUGGAGACUAUGUCAAUGCAUUCAUCCGUGAUGGCUUCACAUCCUGGACACCUCCACGGCAGCGCUCGCCGUCCAGGGAUAUGGCCGUCAGCAGCAGCGACUGGCCCGGGGUGGAAUGGCCGAUGACUUCUCCCGAUGGGUCCAAAAUUUGGACCGGCGAGGGCGACUUCGGAAA